AUGAACAACGAGCAGUUCCGGCGACUCGUCGCCAAUAACUCAUCUUCCAAGCCUGGCGAAAGAGCGUCCCCUUCCUCGCGCACCGAUGCAGCCGGCGCUGCGACCCCCCGCGGGGCUCUCGAGGGUGACCAGCGAGCUACGAAGCGAUUCAAAUCUUCCGCCGCACCCAAGGGCACCAAGCUACCGGCAGGCUACCAGGACCGCACCCAGCUACGGAAUGCACAAGAAGGAAAAGAGGACGAUCUCGCAAGAAGAGUUCAAGCGCUGGAAGAGAUGGUGAAACUCGGCCAGAUGGACCGGGCGACUUUCGAUAGGCUAUGCAGGGAACUCGGGGUCGGCGGUGAUACUACGACUACGCAUUUGGUCAAAGGGCUUGACUGGGAACUCCUCAAGCGAGCCAAAGCUGGCGAGGAUGUUUCAAAGAAAGCAGAAAAACCGCAGGACGAGGUGCCCGAGGAGAAGGAGCCGGCGCUUACUGGCGAAGAGGCGGAAGAGGAAUUUGAUCGCUUGAUGGAGGAGAAAGCAAAAGAGGAGGUUACGCCUGUGCUCAAAGGGCAGAAAGAGAAGAAGGGAAAUAUGGCUCCUCCGUCUCCUCCGGCUAAAACUCGAAACGAAAUUCUAAAGGAACUAAAGGAGAGUCGGGCGGCGGCGAAUGCCCCGGCGCCAAAGCCGGAGUCCGUCCUUGGGUCCAGAUUCAAGAAGCUUGGGGAUAGCAAGCCCGGAAAAAGGCGUUUUGUCGAGACAGAUGAGAAUGGACGCCGGCGCGAGGUGUUGCUUAUCACGGAUGCCCAAGGAAAUACAAAGCGCAAGACUCGGUGGAUUGACAAGCCCGGCGAGCCACUGAAGCCUACUGCAGAAAUGCCAACUGCCAAUGAAGCUGCUAAGCCUCCCGAGGUGGAAGUUCCCGCCCAGGCAGCAGCUCAGAAUGCCACGAGUGUGCCUCCAGAGGACGAGGACGAGGAUCUGGAUAUCUUUCCAGAUAAUGACCAGCCAGCUUCCGAGCAUGAAGCUGUACCCUUCAAACCGCGCAAUUGGUUCGGAACUCGUAGCCCUUCUGCUACAGAUGAAACAGGGGGCCCCUCUAUAUCUUUAGAAAAUGACCCUGUUCUCUUGGAAGCGAAGAGGCGGGCCGCGAAUCUCCAGAAAUCCUCGCCGUCGGCAGAAGAGAGUGACGAGGAUCGAGAAAAAGCACUGCGGCGCCAAAAGUUCUUCGAAGAAGUUCGGCGUCGCGACGCCAUGGAUGCUGCCGAUUUGGAUUUUGGGUUUGGAGGAAGUCGAAUCGAGGACGGCGAAGAAGAAGACAAUAGUAUUUUGCUGGACUUCGAUGAUCGCGGUGGCAAGAAGCGUAAGCGUGGGCCAAAGAAGAGAAAGGGGCGAUAA